AUGUCUGGUUUCGACGUUCAAAUUAGAGAAAGACAAAAUCCCUCAGAGGAUUAUCAACGACCUGAAUUAUUGAAGAAGGCUACCGAAGAAAUUGAGGCUGAAGUAGCUGCUCUUGCAGAACAAGAACACUCCAGCGAUGAGAGUUCUUCUUAUGAUUCUGACGAAGACGAGGACGAUGACGCGAAUUUAUUAACAGCUGCCAUGGAUUCUCAGAUCUUCCGUACGAUUGCUGCCAUCAAGGCCAAGGAUCCUCGUGUCUAUGAAGACUCCACCAAAUUUUUCGACAAUGUUCCUGUCGAAUCUACCCAUGAUUUCCCCGUCAAGGAACCCGAGGAGAAAAAGGUGACCCUCAAGGAUUAUGAACGCCAGAUUCUUUUGGAGAACGGUGGUUAUGUUGACGAAUACAAAGAAGGAGCCACGGGCAGAACUCAUCAUCAAGAACAGGAAGAUCUUCGUAAUGCUUUUAAAAUCGAAGCGGCAUCAGACGAGGAUGACGAGGAAGAUGAUUUCUUGACCAAGAAGGAUAAGACUUCUGAAGAGAAGGAAGCAGAGGAGAAUGACUAUCGCAAGUUCUUGUUGAGCCAGAUGCAAAAUGAUGAACCCUCCAAGAAAGCAUUUGAGGAAUGGAGUAAUUAUAAGGGAAAUCCCAAUGUUAAGCCCGAGGACGCCUUCUUAAUGGAUUAUGUCUUAAACCGUGGAUGGGUAGAUAAAAAGACAGGAAAUCCUCAAACACUUGCUGACGACGUAGAUAAAGAUGAAGCUGAUUUGGAUGACAUUGACCGUUUCGAGAGUAAAUACAACUUCCGUUUCGAAGAAGAAGGUUCGGGUACCAUCAAAACAUAUGCUCGUAACAUUGAGGGAAGUGUCCGUAGAAAGGAAAGUAAGAGAGUUCUUAGAAGACAGAGAGAAAAGUUGCACAAGGCUGCUCUCAAGGAAAGACAACUUGAAGAGAUGAAGGAACAAAAGAAUAAAAAGAUGCGUGAAAUUCAUGCCAAGCUCAAGGAAGUUAGCGAUAUCACCGGUAUUGAAAACAUUGACGUCGAUGCAGAUUAUGAUCCCGCCAUGUAUGAUGCCCAAAUGCAGGGUGUCUUUGAUGAUGCUUACUAUGAUGGUGCUCAAGAUGGUGAGAAUGUUAAGCCUGUGUGGGAUGAUGAGAUCGAAACUGGUUUACCCGAUGAUGACAUUAUGGAUGCUGAUUAUCUUCCUGGUGGCGCCAAGUAUGAAGGUGGAAACCAAGCUGGCGGAGAUAUUGCCUCAAAGGAUGUUGGACAACGAGCAGAUUUAAAGAGAAAAUACAAUGACCUUUUGGAAGAAUAUUAUUCUCUCAAUUACGAAGAUGUUGUUGGUGGUGAUCUCUACACACGUUUCAAAUAUACAAAGACUCAACCCGAAGAUUAUGGAUUAACUGCUGAGGAAAUUUUAUUGGCUGACGAUGCUGAACUCAACAAGUACAUUAGUAUCAAGGCAUUAGCACCGUAA